UGAGAACCAGAGCAUCAGUCAGCUGACCUGUCUUGUGAUAGUAGCAAGGCUUGACUCGUUAGGUGGGAUUCACGUAUUAGUUUGUCCAACAUCUCGCUGAGAAAAUAAAACAAAAUGACUUUACCAAAAAUUGCUGAUGAAAACCGAGAAGAAAAGUUUGGAUAUGUCUAUGCAGUAUCUGGACCCGUCGUCACGGCGGAGAAAAUGUCUGGAUCUGCUAUGUACGAGUUAGUCCGUGUGGGUUAUUCGGAGCUCGUAGGAGAGAUCAUUCGUUUACAAGGAGACAUGGCCACUAUCCAAGUUUACGAAGAGACGAGUGGAGUUACUGUAGGAGAUCCAGUACUACGAACGGGCAAGCCUUUAUCAGUAGAACUUGGUCCAGGAAUUUUAGGAAGUAUUUUUGACGGUAUCCAACGUCCUCUAAAAGAAAUUAAUGAGCUCACAAGUUCUAUUUACAUCCCAAAAGGAGUUAAUAUUCCUGCUUUAUCAAAAAGCACAUCUUGGGAGUUUAAUCCUCUGAAUAUCAAAACCGGUAGUCAUAUUACUGGUGGAGAUAUGUAUGGAAUCGUUCAUGAAAAUACAUUAGUUAAGCACAAGAUGAUUUUACCACCAAAGAGUAAAGGAACAAUCACUUACAUUGCACCUGCCGGAAAUUACACAGUUGAUGACGUAAUUUUAGAAACAGAGUUUGAUGGAGAACGAAAUAAAUAUACUAUGUUACAAGUUUGGCCUGUCCGUCAGCCAAGACCAGUCACAGAAAAAUUGCCUGCUAAUCAUCCCCUUCUUACUGGUCAACGAGUCUUGGAUUCACUAUUCCCUUGUGUUCAAGGAGGAACUACUGCAAUUCCUGGUGCUUUUGGUUGUGGAAAAACUGUAAUUUCUCAAGCCCUAUCUAAAUAUUCUAAUUCCGAUGUUAUUAUUUACGUUGGUUGUGGAGAGCGUGGUAAUGAAAUGUCAGAAGUAUUGAGAGAUUUUCCAGAGCUCACUGUAGAGAUUGACGGUGUUACUGAAAGUAUUAUGAAACGUACUGCUUUGGUUGCUAAUACUUCAAACAUGCCGGUAGCUGCUCGAGAAGCCUCCAUCUAUACUGGAAUUACUUUAUCUGAGUAUUUCAGAGAUAUGGGUUACAAUGUUUCGAUGAUGGCUGAUUCUACAUCACGUUGGGCUGAAGCUUUGAGAGAAAUCUCUGGUCGAUUGGCUGAAAUGCCUGCUGAUUCUGGUUAUCCUGCUUAUCUUGGUGCUCGUCUUGCCAGUUUCUACGAACGUGCUGGAAGGGUAAAAUGUCUAGGAAAUCCAGAUCGUGAAGGAUCUGUUAGUAUUGUUGGAGCUGUAUCACCACCAGGAGGAGACUUUUCUGAUCCUGUAACCAGUGCGACUCUUGGUAUUGUACAAGUGUUCUGGGGUCUUGACAAAAAACUUGCUCAGAGAAAACAUUUCCCAUCCAUCAAUUGGUUGAUUUCAUACAGUAAAUAUUUACGUGCUCUUGAUGAUUUCUAUGAAAAAAAUUUCCAAGAAUUCGUUCCUCUACGUACAAAAGUUAAGGAAAUUCUUCAAGAAGAAGAGGAUCUUUCAGAAAUCGUGCAAUUGGUUGGUAAAGCUUCACUUGCUGAAACUGACAAAAUUACUCUUGAAGUUGCCAAGCUUUUGAAGGAUGAUUUCCUUCAACAAAACAGUUAUUCCGCUUAUGAUCGUUUCUGUCCAUUCUACAAAACCGUCGGCAUGUUACGUAAUAUAAUUGCCUUUUAUGAUAUGGCAAGACAUGCAGUUGAGUCCACAGCACAAUCAGACAACAAAAUCACUUGGAAUGUUAUUCGUGACAGUAUGGGAAAUAUUUUAUAUCAAUUAAGUUCCAUGAAAUUUAAGGAUCCCGUGAAAGAUGGAGAAGCCAAAAUCCGAGCAGACUUUGAUCAAUUGCAUGAAGAUAUUCAACAAGCAUUCAGGAAUUUGGAGGAUUAAACGUUUGUUCAUAUAUUAAUUGUUAUUACCUAUCGAAUUGAAUAAUUGCUUGAAGAUUUUCCAGUUGUUUAGGGUCGUUCCAACGAUUAAAAAGUGCUUCUGAAUAGCAAAUAAAAUUAUUAUAUUGGUUGCAUUCCAUAAGUUAUAAGAGAAAAUUCCUAAGGACCGAGAAGUCCUUUUUUUAAUGAAUUUAUGAAAAGCCUUAAUUAACUGCCGAUGGAUUAUAAAAAAUGUAAAUACUCAUAUUUUAUCAGCCUAUUAAACUAAUUGGAGAUCAACAUAAUAAGUUGUUAAGAUAAUUUUAACAUUUGAUUUUAAAACAUUAAAAAAAAUAUGUCGAAACAUAUUUUUAAAAAUAGGUUUAUUGUUUUUAAUGACAAUAAAGAUGGAACGCCCUUAAACGCACAAUGAGCUGGUAAUCAUGUGCAAAAUGUAAGAAAAAUAAUAAUUAUGAUAUUUUUAAUUAUUUAAAAUGAUUUCUGAAAUUUUCAAUCAACUUUUAGAAUUUUAAUCUAAUCGAAAUAUAAAUAAAUUAUAAAAAAUACAUGAAAUCAUUUACUCAUACUUGCCAGUAGCCGCUGAUUUAAAUAAAUUAUAAUAAAAAAUAAUUAUCGACGACCAAAUGAAAAAAGUGAAAUUUUCGUGAUGAAAAAACUUUGAUGUUUAGAUAAAUAAAUGAGUAAAUAUAAGAAGCGGUUUGGCAGCUUUCAGGCUAAGAAAGUAAAUAAUUUAAUGAAUUAAACUACAAAUAAGUUGAAAUAAUAUCGAAUCAUCAAGUAUUAGUUACUGUAUCAUAUAUGUUAAAUGAUAGAAAUAUUAAGAAUGAAUUUAGAUGUUAAAUAGAUUGAAAAAAAAUAUAUAUGUUAACGUUGAUACGUUAAGAAAGCUAAUGUUUAAUAUGUCGAGGUGCUGGUUCUUGUGACGAUUAUUGCAUAAAAAUAAUCUACGAUUAAUAAUUGAUAAACGAAUAAUUAUUACUUAAACAAAAGUAAAUUUUUUCGUUAUCCAGCAGCUCUAAUAUCAUUUCCACUGUAUGAUAUGUAUAAAAAAAACAGUAAAUAAAGAAAUAAAAAACAUAUUUUGGUCGUAA